CUUCCUGCGGGAGGAAAACUGUGCCAAGCUCGAGUUUCGGAAGCAGAGUCGCAGUCUAAAACGAGACAGAACAGCGCAGGACUUCAGGAGGACGAAACGCAAACAAAGUCAACUCUUUCUUGCCCGUCGGAUUUAACUUUCCAACCACGGAUUCGAAGGUGGAGAACGCGUUUCCUCUAUACUUGCAUUUCUUUAAACAAGAAAUGGAAGAGAGCUCCAGUUCUCCCGUCUCCCCAGUGGAUAGCCUGGUGACCAGCGAGGAGGAGCUGGACAGACAGCAGCAGAAAAAGUUUGGGAAGAGAAGGAGACACAGUAAAAAGUCGGACAGCAGCAGUCCCAGUUCAGUAUCCAAACGGAACAAAAAACCCAGUCCGAGCAGCACUCAAUCCUACGAAGAGCUGCAGAACCAGAGAGUGCUCGCCAACGUCCGUGAACGGCAAAGGACUCAGUCGCUCAACGAGGCAUUCUCGUCUUUGCGCAAAAUCAUCCCCACGCUCCCCUCGGAUAAACUCAGCAAGAUACAGACGCUCAAGCUCGCCUCCAGGUACAUUGACUUCCUCUGUCAGGUGCUGCAGAGCGACGAGAUGGACAACAAGAUGUCGAGCUGUAGCUACGUCGCGCACGAGAGACUCAGUUACGCGUUCUCGGUGUGGAGGAUGGAGGGCGCGUGGUCGAUGUCUGCGACCCACUAGCAGCGAGAGCCGGACAUACGAUGCCAAACGGACUGUUUACUUCCACUGAUUUUGAAGACACCAAAGGAUUUAAUGACGAACCUCUAAACCUCAAUGGCAAAAGAACAUUCAGUGAUCACACCUACGGACUUGAGUAUCCCGAAGGACAGAAUAAAAGGAACUUUUAUAUCCUUAUGCUUAGACAGAAAAAUAGAUGACGUCUCCUGUGUCUAAAAAAAAUACAUGUAAUCUUUUCACAAGUUAUUCCUAAUUGUCGCCAUGGUGAUAGUGCAGGCCAUUUGAAACUAUAUUUUGUUUUUGUUUCCAAACAGAAGAGUUUAUAUAUAUAAAAACAAAAAAACUAUUGUACAUAGGCUACCUGUGAGUAUUGUCAGCUAAGGGACCAAUGCAAUUUAGAGCAAUAGUUUCUCGAAGUACGCUGCAUGGAUUAAGGCAUUCGUUUGAUCUUUCCUAUGCAACAUUUUCAAAUUCUGUCCAUUGUACAUUUUGCUUAUUUAUUAAAACAUAUUUUUGAACA